AUGGCGUGGCUCACCCACCUGCUGGCCUGCAUCUUCGGGACGGGCUCCUGGAUGGCCAUCAACGGCGUCUGGGUGGAGCUCCCCCUGCUGGUGAAUGAGCUGCCCGAGGGCUGGUACCUCCCCUCCUACCUCAUCAUCAUCAUCCAACUGGCCAACAUCGGGCCGCUCUUCAUCACCCUCAUGCACAAGCUGCAGCCCGGCAGGCUCAGCGAGGUGCCCAUCAUCUACCUCGUGGUCUCCACGGGAGUCGUCUCCUGCUUCCUCCUGGCAUUCCUCUGGCAGCACACCACCCCCGUGGCCGGCCAGCCGCACAGCACCGCUUUCUUCAUCCUGGCCUUCUUCCUUUCGCUGGUGGACUGCACCUCUUCCGUCACCUUCCUGCCGUUCAUGGCACACCUCCAGCCCUGCUACGUCACCAGCUUCUUCAUCGGCGAAGGCCUCAGCGGGUUGAUCCCGGCCCUGUUCGCGCUGGUCCAGGGUGUGGGGAUUGCCACCUGCGUCCACGUCGGGCCGCCAAACGGCAACGGAUCAGCUGUCAGCAACGCGACCUUUGGGAACGGGACUGCGGAAGAGUCCAUGGAAACUCGUUACUCCCCUGCCAACUUCUCCAGCCUGGUUUUCUUCCUCUUCCUGUCCGCCAUGAUGUUCUCCUGCCUCGUGGCCUUCUUCUUCCUCAACCGGAUACCCAAGGUGUGGGAGCUCUCCAAGCAGAACCUCUGCUCCAGUGACAUUGCCCUCAACUCCCUGCAGAAGCUUCCUGGGGAAGGACAAGGCCCCGCAGAUUUAGGGGGCUUCUCAAGCUCCCCUCUGGACGGAAACGUGGCGAGCUGCACCAAGGAAGGCGAGGGCGGCGACCCUGAGAAGGCGGCUCAUUCGCGGCCCAGGACCGUCUUCAUCUAUUUUCUGGUGCUCUGGGUGAACGCCUUGACCAACGGCAUCCUGCCGUCCGUGCAGAGCUACUCCUGCCUGCCGUACAGCAACACGGCCUACCACCUGGCCGCCACGCUGAGCUCCAUGGCCAACCCCGUCGCGUGCACCAUCGCCCUGUUCCUGCCCAGCAGGUCGCUCUCUCUUCUGGGCGUGCUCUCGGCCACCGGAACGGCCUUCGGGGUCUACAACAUGGGCAUGGCUGCCAUGAGCCCCUGCCCCCUCCUGCAGCAGUCUGACUGGGGGGACGCGCUCAUUGUGACCUCGUGGGUGCUCUUCACGGGGACGCUCAGUUACGUCAAGGUGAUGACCGGGGUGAUCCUGAGGAGCCGCAGCCACAGCGCCCUCGUGUGGUAUGGUGCGAUGGAGCAGCUGGGCUCACUGCUGGGGGCCCUGGUCAUGUUCCCCCUGGUGAACGUCUACAGCCUCUUCAAGUCGGCCGACUUCUGCAGCUUCCGCUGCCCGGCGUGA